ACUCCGACAGGAAAUUAUAGAAUUGGGAAAAAAAAGAAACUGAGAAGGAGAAGAAGAGAGAGGCGAGCUCGCGGGCCCAAAACCCUAACCCGCGGACUCCUUGGCGGCGGCGGCGAUGGCGGGCGGCGCCGGAGAAGGGGUUUCGCCGUCGGCGGCGCUCAAGGACCAGGGGAACGAGCAGUUCAAGUCGGGGAACUACCUCAAGGCCGCCGCGCUCUACACGCAGGCCAUCAAGCUCGACCCCGACAACGCCACCCUCUACAGCAACCGAGCUGCAGCUUUUCUUCAGCUGGUUAAGCUUAGUAAAGCACUUGCUGAUGCUGAGACAACAGUCAAGCUGAAGCCAGAGUGGGAGAAGGGUUAUUUCAGGAAAGGUUGUGUUUUGGAGGCCAUGGAGCGCUAUGAAGAGGCAAUAUCUGCUUUUCAGACAGCUUUGCAGCACAAUCCACAAAACACAGAAGUCUCGAGAAAAAUCAAGAGGCUUUCUCAGUUGGCAAGGGAAAAGAAGCGAGCUCUUGAUGUAGAGAGCAUGCGUUCCAAUGUUGAUAUUGGGAAGAACUUGGAUUCUCUGAAAACCGAGUUGGCCACAAAGUAUGGAGAUGUAGAAACAGGGCAGAGUAUCUUUUCGUUUGUUGUUAAUGUGAUAGAAUCAGCAGUAAAGGAUUGGCAUGACACAGGAAAAGUUGAUCCAAGGGUCAAUUUUCUUCUCGAUGAGCAGAAGACUAAUACUCAAAAAUAUCUCCCAGUGGUUAACAUUGACAAGGCCUUUGAGUCACCCCAAACUCACGGUGAAUGCUUCACAUUUUUGCGGCAAUAUGCGGAGGAUUCUUUUGCGAAGGCUGCUUGUAUGGUGGCAGCUAAGAGCAUCAUCUCCUACCCACAGGUCUGGAAAGGGCAAGGAUCCAGAAAAUGGAAGCUUGAGCAGAGUGAUGGGUUCUUUGUACAAUUUGAAUCGCCAGCUCUAAGGAAGAUAUGGUUUGUGCCCAGCACAAAAGAAAAGGGUCGAACAUUGUGCAGGAGCCCUGAGACCUUGGACAUCGGCAUCCAUGAGGUCCUCCCCCGGAUAUUCAAGGAAGCAGCAGCGGCUUGAUGAAGAGGCAAACGAGCAAGGCUGCACGUAUGAUCGGUACCCGGCUCGGUUUUCAGCUGGAAUAUUGGGGUGUUUCUGAGAUGGUUGGAAUCGAUCUUGAGGGGUUCUCUGUGUGCCGAGGGACUCGGAAAUUUUGCUGCUCUGUGGCUCUUGCUGUUUGUUGUAUGUCCAGUGUGUUCAAAAGCCUGCGGUCGUGCAAUUUCAGAAUUUGUUCUAGAAUUUCCAUCCAUUGAAUCGGGCCAUUCUAGGUGUUUGUGUCACGUUUA